AUGCAAGGUGGACCUAUCAAGAAAGCAUCUGAAGCACUCCAAUUGUUGCUUCGUUCAUUACCCGAAAAUUGUUGUUUUAAUGUGGUUUCAUUCGGAUCCAAUUUUGAUUCUUUAUUUAAAACAAGUCAACCUUAUUCUGAAGAAAGUUUUUUAAAAGCUCUCAAACAUGCUCAAGAAAUGAAUGCAAAUUAUGGAGGAACCGAAAUUUAUAAUCCUUUAAAAUGGGUCUUCGAAAAUUCAAAGAAUGAUAUGCCAACUUCUAUUUUCCUUCUUACUGAUGGUCAAGUUUAUAAUGUUGAUCAAAUUGUAGAACUUAUUAAAUCUAGCGAAGAAAAGAAAAAUGAUGAUUUAAGGUUAUUUUCAAUUGGAAUUGGUGAUUCAGUUUCUCAUAAUUUAGUUGAAUCUGUUUCACGUGCUGGUAAAGGAUAUGCACAAUUUGUUACAAAUAAUGAACGAAUGGAUAAAAAAAUUCUUGGAAUGUUAAAAAAUGCUAUUAAACCUCCUAUUAAAGAUUAUAAUAUUACUUGGACAAAUCAGAUCCUUGAUGAUAAUUUACCAACGGAAACAAAUCCUGUUGAUAAGCCAAUUAUUAGUUUCUUUAGCGAUAAUACUACACCUCCAACGACUGAUCAAAAAAUCUUUACAAAUAUCAAAAUUCAACAAGCACCAUACUUAAUUCCACCAAUUUAUCCUGGUACUCGAUUUAUAGUUUAUUGUAUUUUAGAAAACGGAAUUGAACCAUGUAAAGAAAUUACAUUGAGUGGAAUCUCUACUGAAGGCCCUAUAAAGCUUUCUGUUUCAUUAGAUCCUGUAGCUUUACAAGGAUCAAAAAUUCAUACACUUGCGGCUAGAAAGCUUAUUCAAGAUCUUGAAGAAGGAUCUUCAUUUAUUCAUAAGCAUCCAAAAAAUAGUGGGAAAACUAUUCCAAACUCACUUAUUCGUGAACAAGUUACAAAUUUAGGUGUAACAUAUAGCUUAGCUUCCAAAUAUACAAGUUUUCUUGCAAUUGAUGAAAGAGACAAUAAGUUAGUGGCUGAAGUCAAAAGCCCUCCAGCUCGAAGAAUCGUUCCAGUCUAUGCACCUUCUCUUGUUGCUAUGCGUUGUUAUGCACCUAUUCCUGCUUCUCGUGCCUUUUUUUGUGCAGCAAUUCAAACUUCUAUGAUAGGAGCCGCAGGACUUGCUCCAGAAGCAAAUCAAUCAGAUGAGAUUGAUCAAGUUGCGACAGAUUUAUCAACUAUUACUAUAAAAUCAAAAUCUCCAAAGAUUGAAACUCUUUAUAAAUUUCUUGAUCUUCAAUCGUUUGAUGGUUCAUUUUUACCAUCUACUAAAUUUUAUUCUUGGUUUGAUAAAAAUAAUUUUAAAGAUUUUGAAUUUAUUGGAAUUAAAAAUGAGAAAGUAUUAUGUUUAGCAUUGGCGAUGGCAUAUUUAGAAAUUAUUAUGUUUGAAACUUUUAAAGAUGAAUGCGAAAUGUGUUACGGAAAAGCUAAGAAGGCUUUGAAAAAAGAAGUUGGUGAUGAUGAACAAAAGGUUAAUGAAAAUUUGGAAAAAGCUAGAAAGUGGGUUAAAAAAUGGGCUGAUGAAUAA